AGUGCGUCAGAUGAGGAAACGAUAUUGAAAGCUGUGUGUUUGACUUCAGCUGUUCUUCUGUUCAGAGGAUUUAAUAUCUCUAUAUUGAGCUCGCCUUGUUCCUUUGCUCCAUCAUGGUGGAUAUUACAGACAACAUGGCUCUGCUGAGCCUGGAGGAAGACCUCACCUGCAGCAUCUGCUUGUGUCCAUUUGAGAACCCGGUGAGUCUGAACUGUGGCCACAGUUUCUGCCUGCAGUGUCUUGAGGAGUCAUGGCGAGAUACGACCUCCUACUACUGCCCUCACUGUCGUAAUCACUUCCUUACCAAGCCUGAGCUGAAAAAGAACACGGUUCUCAGUGCCGUGGUGGAAACCUUCAAGUCCAAAGCUGGAGCCAGCAUCGGUGCCUCUGAUGGUGAAGUGCGAGUGCGACGUGACGAGCCCAAGCCCAUUCUAUGUGACACGUGCAUGGAGGUCAAGGCAGUGAAAACUUGCUUGACAUGCAUGGCAUCCUACUGCUCUGAGCAUGUGCGUCCGCACCAGGAGAACCCUGUGUUCCGUGCCCACGAGCUCCGAGAGCCACUCGCUGACCUCACUGAGCACCUCUGUUCUGAACAUGGCAAGUUAAUGGAGUUUUACUGCCCCCGUCACGAGCGUGCCAUCUGUAGCAACUGUCUGCAACAGACCCACAAGGACUGUGGCUUCUCCACCCCUGAGGAUGUGCGGCAGAAAAAAGAGACUGAACUGAGAGAUAAGGUGAGCACCCUUGACAGAAAAAUUGAAAAGAACCAACUGGUCAUCUCUCAGAUGACAGAGCAGCAAAUCAAGCUCAAGGAAAUUGCUGUGGUGCGUAAGCGUGCUCUGCAGACAGAGUACCAGCAGAUCAGGGAGAUGCUGCAACAGGAUGAGCGAUUGGCAAUGGAGGCUGUGGAUAAAGAUCUGGACACUGGCAACAGCAGACUCAACGUCCUGAUAAAGAAAUUUUACCAGAAUGUGGAGAAGAUGACCUCAACCAAAGCUGAGAUCAACAACCUACUGGCUAGAUCCCACUCUCUGGAUUUCUUACAGGCGAUGGUGGAAAUGCCCUCAGUGGUGAACUUUGACCCUUAUGCUCCCCGUAUCAACCUGGACUCCAAAAACGUCAUUGCGUACCACUCUAACAUUGUUAACCUAAAGGAGCACAUAUCUAAAAACCUGCAUGAGUCCGUGGAGAACAGGAUCUCCUUUUUCAAACAAGAUUUGAAAACGCCCAGCUCUGAGGAAAGGAGGACAAGCACAUCUGUAUCUGACAAACAAAAAAAUGAUUCAGUGAACGAGAUACCCAGACCUUGCAAAGAUGCUGGUGAGCAUCUGCCAAAUCAGAGAGGAUCAGACUUUAAACCACCAAGCUAUGGAUUACAAAACAAAGGACCUUCUGCAGGAGCCAGACGGAAACCACCAAGAGAAAAGAAAGACAACAAAGAUCAGAAAUUCGAGUAUAAAAGGGUUCCGAACAAAGGAAUGAAUCCUGCAUUCUCCAAAAGCAUGGACCAUCUGGGGGGCAUCCUGGAUAAAGGACCUUCUAUACAUACCGUACCUCCUGUACACGCAGUUCCCAUCGAUCUGAGUGUAGCAACGUCCAAUCCUGUAAAGAGAAGUGACCUGCUGCAGCAUGGCAGAGCGAUCACCUUUGAUGUCAAGACGGCCCACAGGAGAGUGAUGCUCUCUGAGAAUAACACCAAAGCUGCCGUAUCAGAUGAGCUGUUUUCAUACCCGGAUGGUCCAGCUCGCUUCACUGUGUGCUCACAGGUUCUUUGCAUGCAAAGUUUUUCCCGUGGUCAGCAUUACUGGGAGGUCAAAAUGAGCAGUAAUAAUUUCUGUGGUUUGGGCCUGGCGUACGGCUCCAUCGAUCGGAAAGGUCCGUCUAGCCGCCUGGGCCGAAACGCCCAGUCCUGGUGCGUCGAAUGGUUCAACAUCAAGCUGUCAGCCUGGCACAACAGCAGUGAGACGGUGUUGCCCAACCCAAACCCGACCCGUGUUGGCAUCUUUCUCGAUUGUAAUAACGGAACCGCCAUCUUCUACAACGUGAGCGACCGUGCCUACCCCUUCCACACCUUCGUCUUCCCCUUUACUGAGGCUGUGUAUCCUGCAUUCUGGAUGUUCUCCAGUGGAUCAUCCAUUUCUCUGUGCAAGCCUAAUUGAAGCAUCUUCGGUCAGUGUGUAGGUGGUGGCUAAUGUACUAUUAAAUUUGUACACGUUAAUGAAAAAUGCAUGAGCAAAUCUCGGAUUUACCCUAAAACAUUACUUUUAUUUCUGUGGAGUGGAAGUGGGCAUGUCUCAGGAGUUAAGAAGUUCUCUCAAUUAUCUAAAAAAACAAAUUAGUGAGCUUACUCUCUUACAGCAACAAUUCAUGUUGGGAUUUUUAUUGUACAAGAAAAUCAUUUAGUUAGCAUUCAACAACAAAAGAUUUUUCACAAGCUCAACAUUAUCAACACAACACAGUACUGGCUGGUCAAAGAGGCUGAUUGUCUGAACAUUGUAUGAGGCGUGGGUUAGCCCGCAGCCCUCCUCAGCCACUGUCAGUUUUGUGCAUAAAUACAUUAGAAGAAAAAUAAAAGAAGAAUCUGUAAUUAAUAAAAACAUUUUCUGUAAUGCCAUUGUCAAGUUGUGUAUAAAAAUACAUUAGAAUUUAAAUUGGAAUUUAGGCACUCAAACACACUAGCCCACCAAUACAGAGAAAUCUGCAAUAAUAAAAACACUGCCCAAUGCAUCUUUACAAGUAUUAAACAGACAUAUAACAGCUAUCAACUGAAAGGCUCCUCUAAGACUGAGAUAUAUCCACUUUCACUCUGCAGAGACUGCAUUAUUAUAAAACUGUACACUCUUCACGUAAGCGUCUGAUCGAUUGAAGCGUUUUACUGUUGUCAGAGCGCUCAGGCAGUGUCUAUCAUACUAGCCCACCACCGUUGGGAUCGGUGUUCAAAUCUCAACGGUGCUACAGUGCUAUGAUUGGCUAUGUCUGUUGUGGGAAUGACCGAAGCCUUGAGAUUGUCGCCCUGUCCAGGGUGUUCCUGCUUUACUACAUAUAGUUUUAUAAUGAUAACAUGGUGGCAUGUUUUCAAAAUAAUGGAUGAUAAUUAAAUAUAUAUAAGAUACAUGACAUAUUUAUGAACCACCAUUCUUCCUGUGUUUGUCUGGGUUUCCUCUGGGUACCCCAGAAUCCUUCCCUCUCUCAUAAUAAUGCAAAAGGUGGAUUGGCAGUGGGAAAUAUGUGUGUUUGUGCCUUGUCCUGCCUCUGUGUUGCAGGACAUGCCAAGGCUCUAAAUAGGAUGAUAGGCUUAGUGAAAAUGAAUUAAUUAAAUCAAAUGUUGUUUUUGAGAUGCUGAUCAUAUCCUGAUCAUACCAAUGCUUGUUUUACUUCUGGUUCUGUGAUUAUGUAUCAGAAAUAAUGGGUCAUUAAUGCACUGUUGAUUCUUAUAAGUGUCAAUAUCAGAAAAUGACCAUGGGUAGUAGAUUUGGAACGUAGGACGAAAGGAAUUGACAUACACGUCGAUUCUCUCCUGUUAUGGUUCAGACCCACAACCCUAGGUUUCUUUAAUGGUGGGAUCUGGAUAACCUUUGCUCCUAUACUGUAUAUGUAAUAGAGUUUUGCUGGCAUUAAUUAAGACGAUAUUGUGGUGGUAAGGUACAUGUUUUGUAUUUUUUACUUUUUAUUUGCUUAUCGGUCCUUGCUGAUGAUCAGCCUGUGUUUAUUUAGUGAGUGUUGACUCAUGAGCUCCACGUUGGACUCAUCACUAAGGUUUUAGUGCCAGUAGGUAAACGUGGAUAAAGUCCACAGCUAUCAUACUCUGUACAAUAAAAAUAAAUAAACAGCUCAGUGACGGUGAUGCACUCACUUUCUACUGGUUAUCCAUUAAUGAUAGUGGAGUAUUUGACCAGUUGGCUUUGUUAUUGUUUGCUCUUCUGCCAUUUUAUUGGUCUGAAAGCAAACAGAGAAGUGACCUACCUGGGUUUGAUCAGACUUAAAAUGUCUUUCUUUUCUAUGAACUUGAAAUUGCUUAUGUAGAGAAGGAGGUUAUGCAGUGCCCAGUCAUGCCACUCUUCAGGGCGGUGGUUCUCUUUAUCAGCUUGGCUGCCCUGGGUGGCACCAGUCCCCAAAAGCCGGCCUAUCACUGGCUGUAAAGAAUAAUUUUAACUCGGGCAAAGAAGUGUGAACCAAACAUCAAAUUAUUGCAGGACCACAAAUGAUUCACAUGGCACAGGUUUAGAACCCCUUUGUUAGAGGGGUUGUUUUGCCACAUUUCCCAUGGAAUGUAAAAAGUGCCUUCUGAAAUCUUCAGCUCUCCAAACCAUGCAGAAGGUGGAUUGUCUGCUGUAAAUUACCCACAGUUGUAAGUAAAUGUGGAAGUAGGUCAGAGCAUAUCUGAGGACAGAUCGCUUAUUGAGGAUGAAUAAACUGCAGUUCAUCUUCACUGUUUUUAGUGGCCAGGAUUGUAACGAUUUAACCAGCUGUCCUUAUUCCACCCUCUCAGUGGGACAGAUUUAUAUUUUGGGGACAAACACGCCACCAAGGUACAUGCCAGUGGUGUAGAGUGGCUUCAAAAUCCAAUCCAGAGUUUGACAGGGGCAAGUUAAUGUGUCUGUAAUCCUCAGGAGGUAAUGGUGGUAUUUGGUAAAGAAAUACCUGUAGCUGGGGUAGUUGGGGUGCAUUUUGCAGGUCUUUAAAUAAGACCAGACUUGUUUAGACAUCACCGAUUGUUUACAUCAGACAUGGCUGAUAAUUCCAUUUAGGACAGCCCCUGAUGUACAAACUGAAUACGAGUUAUGCUUUUUCUGAUCUAGGAUCAGAAUUACAUAGGCAAACCCAUAUUCUGAGCUUGAGAAAAACUGGCAGUACCUACUGGCACAGAUCAGAAGCAGGACUGAAUAUGUGUGUUGGGUGUAUCAUGCUUCUUAAUAUUAAAUGCAUUUUUGUAUGUUAAUAAAAUUCUGGCAAAAAGUCUAAAAUAAAUGGUGAAAAAAAAGUAUUUGGAAUGUUACCCCCUUUUUGCUGUAAUAACAGCAUGAGCACAAAAUCUAUUUCACAAUAUUCCAAAAAAAGCAUCUUGUGACGUUACUUAAUGCUCGGCUUUCUCUAUCCUCGGCUGCUCCCAUAAGUCCUGGUUGGGGUUUAGAUCAGGUGACUGUAAAAGAAAGUCAAAGGCAACCAAAAUUCUUAAUCUUCUUUGCUUCUUAUGUAGCUGUUAUAGAGCUUUGAGGUUUGGGAUUUGACUUAGUCUCAGACUUUUAAUGCACUUUGGCAACCCCAGCAUCACAGGCAGAGAAGCAGUGCAGGUUAGGUCAUCCCUUCUCCAAUGUGUGAAUUCUUUGGCCGCAUUGUUACAUCAACCAGUGGUGGAUUCCUAGAGAGAGUUUAACUCGUAUGGAGGAACAUGCUUUGCCUUCUGGUUUCCUUCAGCGCUCUUGCUGGCAUCAGAUAGCAGGAGUUGCUGUUGCAGCACAGGUAGAUAUCUCGUCAUCUGACCUUUUCUCAUAGAUGUGACCGAGUGUAAGACCAGAUUGGUGGCAUAAGCUUUGAUGGUAUAUCAAAGAUGUUAAAUAACGUAAUUCAAAUACUAGAUGUGCUCGGGUGGCCCAGAGGUCUAUUACGCCAGGGAACCAUCACUGGGAUCUGGGUUGGAAUCUCAGCAGCGCUUUUAGCUGGCUGGGCAUCUACACCGACAUGAUUGGCUAUGUCGUGGGAAUGGAAUAAGGGGGGGUUGGCUAGAGCCCUUUGAUGGAUUGUGCCCAGUGUUUCCCGGUAAAACCGGACCUGCCGCAAUCCUGGCCAGGAUAAAGCACCUUAAGAAAAUGAAUAAAUAAAUAAAGAUACUUGACUACACAAGUGAAGGAAAAAUAUUUAUGCAGCAAAUCUUCAUUUCUACAUUGACCUCCACACCAUUAUACAUAUGUAUAAUCAGAUCACCAUUAUAUUCACCAGUUUUAUUAACAUCAAGCUUUAGCAGUUUAAGAAACGUUAUGGUCUACAAUCUAUGGGCAAAAUGUAUGCUCACACAACCACAGGCUUGUUGGACAUCCAACAUCAAAACUCUGGUUUAAUACGACAGGAUUUCAUUCACCUCCUGUAGCUAUAACAGUCUUUUCUUCUGUGUCUGUGAGAAUGAUGUAGAGGUUCUCGCUUUGUGCACAGAGGCACAGUCAUGGGACUUCCCCAGAUGGUUGCCAAAAAUGGGAUUUCUGCAGGUGAUCAUUGGGUCUGCCUAGAACACCUAAACCCAGUUAUUAAAAUGGUUGUGCACAUACAUCUGGCCAUACAGUGUAUUUUCUGGAUGUCUCAUUAGGUAAUAUUUCUGAUAUAGAAAACUUAAGAUUGUGAUCUAGCUUAAUUUAUUCAAUUAACAAAACAUUCUGUAAAUUAUAAGAUCUAAAAGCAUUUAUAUAUCUGUAAUAUUUCUGUAAUAAAUACUUUCAUCUCUGUAACAUUCAAUCAUAAAUAAACUACAUGAAAGCAAAACAA